AAAAAAGGACAUCGCUCUAAUCCUUGAUGAUUUAGAAAUUGAGAGACGGUUGCGACAAGUAAGAAAGUGGGCCACCCGGGAACUGGAAUAUAAAAAUAGUUCCUUUUGGCUAAUAUAAUAAUAGUGGAUGAAAUAACAAAACUCUAACUGGGCAGACCCUUAAUCACUUCUACUGGACUAUGCAUAGGACUACCCACGGAGCGGUGAAAAGAAAGAAUGUAUUCCUAUUGAUUCUAAGGGAGAACGAAGGACGGAGUGGAGGAUGGAGGCGGAUCGGUUGGAACGCGGGCUAGCCGGCCGGGAGGUUCGAUUCCUCCCCGAUUCCUAUUUACUCGAUCCAUUGUUCCCUUGUUCGUGCUUAAGGUUCAUAGUCCUUUAGCUCUUAUUACAGUGGUUGACAGUGGCUUAUGAAAGUGGUACCCCUUUCUUUACUUUAAACAGUGGUUUACACAGGUUGAAUGAUACAAGCAGGAAGCAAACAACAGGAAGAACCAGAGCGGGUGUAGAUGCUCGGGAAGGAACGGGAGCUGAAGCAACAGGAAUUGGUCAACGAGUAGGAAGACUUGGAAAAAGGUGGCUAACACUAAUAUGCCUAUCAACUACUAUGGUGGUCAUCAUCGCUAUGGCAUGCACUGUGGCAUGUUCUAUGGUGCCUAGCCUAUGCUGCUGGCCAACUACAGAUCGAUAGUGAGAUUAUGAUGCUAUGCAGUGACGGAUGCUCGUAAUAGAGAUUCUGAUCUUCGUUAUCGGGAGUAAGAUCCAGAAUUUACUUCAAGUAGGGAUCCUAGUGCUAGUGGUGAUCGGGGUUCUGUCUUUCGUGAUCGUUAGGAAGAGCCGGAUGCUAGUGAUCUAUAUUUUUAUGUUUGGGAUCGAAAGAUUCUGAUGUUCGUAAGCGAGACCCAGAUCCUCCAGUAGCACCAGCAACAGCAAAUAAGCUACCACCUGAUGCAGUCUUUCGAUCUUUUUGGGUUGCAUGCCCAAGGCAAUGUUUUUUGUAAUUGAGAUGGAUUGAUCUUCGCUAUCGUGCCUCUUCCAUCCCUUCGGUCCUCGCUCUAACUUAGAACUUAUAGCAUAUAGGCUACCUACGGUUUCCCAGUAAGAACAUUAAGAAUAGUCCAGGAUGCGGGAUAAGCGCUGUUAAAGACUGAAUUGCGUAAGUAAGAGAAUCUUUAUUAACAGCACAGCUCAUCUUCCGCACCAGUAGUCAGUCUUCUCUAUAAGCAAUUCUCAAUGCCUAUAGUAUCCGUCUUUUUUUUCAGUCUACCGUGCGUGGCUAGCUUAUUGUUAAUCAAUAAUCCCAGUGUAGGCUUUUUCGUUCCGUAAACUACACUCGCUAUAUGUUUAAGCAAUCCCUCUUUCUGAAGCAUUGAGCAAGGCAAAAAAAAAAGUAAGCCAUUGAACUUUAGAGUUCCCUGUGUUAAGAGAAGAACUUGCUUUAUUAACUGCAACUAUCAAACCCCGGGAUUUCAGAUGAAAGAAUGAGUUAAGAAGAGAGAUCCCAUUGUUUCUAGAUACCCGUGAAAGUGACUCCUUUACUUUACUUGGGGCAUGCCCCUAAUAAAUAAACUUCCUAUGGCAAAUGCCAAAGCCAAGCUUACUUAAUUGAAUCUUUUAGUUUGAAAGCACAGUGGAAUCUGGAUCUGCGAGAUAUGGAUAUGAAAGAGGAUAUGCUCGAACCGGACCGCAUCUCUAGUUGCACAUAGAUAAUCUGCUGGUGGACCCCCUUUCCUUUCUUUGAUUCAAAACUCGGUCGAAUACGUCGUUCACCUUUGUGGUGGAUCGACGAGAGUGCGCCUAGCCAGGAGUGUGAUUGGUGUCACCUUCCGUGCGCUAGCUGUGCCUUUGCCGGAUGUUUAUUCGCCCACUCCUUCACAGAGCGAUGACUAAGAGUCGGGAAUUCUCAUUUAGUAGAGCCUGAAAGCCGCGCUUGGCUUGAUUCCUACCACGGACGGGGAUACGUUUCAUCCAUAUCGCCGGCCUCACAUGGACGGAGAUGCUUAUGCUUAUCAUAUCACGGCUUCCUAAGAUGCUAACACAGGGGCAACUAUUGCUACGGGAGCUUAUUGGUGGAGCAAGAAGAGUGGAGUAAUGUCCACGUGGAAAUUUAUUUUUUUUCAUUUGAAUUAAACAUCAAGAGCUUCCUCGUUUCGUACUCAACUCAAUCAGUAGAUCAAUGAUUCGAAUGCGCAUCCCUAUCCAGUCAAUAAAGAAAGAUUAGGUUCGCGCUUCAGCCUUUAUUUGAUUCGAAAGAAAAACGAAGAAAUCUCGUUGUCGCGGGCAGGCCUAUGUACCAUCUGUAUACUCGAGAGACGAGUUGACAGGAAGAGAGUAAUAAAACAUGGUCAGGUCAUCUGGAUCGUUUCAUCGAGCAACAAAUGGGUGGGCGACCCUUCUUGCUUGGCCGUCAAAGAGAGGAUAGGAAUUGGCUUAACUAUCGGAGUUGCUAGCAGAUCGAAAUCGGAGGGAAUCAGUGCCAAUCAGUCACUUAUACAGCCAGCCUUGGAAUCAGAUCAGUCAUUCCAGCAAACGUAGGCUUUAAAGCCGGAGUGCGUCAGGUUGCUUCUUCGAGUCGAUCCAUAUCAAAUAGCUUGAUUGGUCGAAUGACCAGGAGGGGCUAAAGCCAUUCACCGCCUUUUCCAAAGGAUUCUCGCGUCCCCUUUCCUUCCUAAAAUCUGCCUCCAGCAAGAUAUCGAUAUAUGAUGAAGACUCCAGUCGUCGGUGAAAUCGAACCUAGGUUUCGGGGAGCUGGGCAGAAGGAAAAAGAUGCCGUCUAGCUACGGAUCAUAGUGACCGCUAUUAAAGAGCAUCACGUGCGAGCUAAAAAGAUCGUUUGCCCAAAUGCCAAAAGCAAAUGAACCAAUUCACUUGAGUGAAAAGGAGGGCUUUUCCUUCUUUCAUCUCAAGCUCCCGCAUCACCCGAUUGAGUCUUAUCAUCGGCAACAGCCAAGCCCAUUUUGUUUAAGGGCUGGGCAAAGCUCUGAAAUACUCGAGAUUGUCUCCUUCUAAUCGAGGCAAGGAUUUCUUAAAUGAAAGGAAGCUUUUUUCAGGCUCUUGGCAGUUAACGAAAUGUCAUCUAAGAGCAGAUGCCCUCCUCCUCACCGACUCUUCCACUCUAAGCUUAUUACUAGGCCAAAUUUCAUAGUUAUCCGAGAUAGAAAGAAGUAGGUCUCGCUUUCUGUGCGGCAUGAACCCACUGAUUGGAAGACAAUACCUAUAGGGGGCUGGUAAUUGAAAUCCGAAUAAGCUGGUCAAGUAGAAGGAACUCCCAGAGUGUGAAGCCCCUUGGAGUAGGGGUAGGGGGAUGAGACUUGGUCUGGGGCAAUUGCACCGUUCUCUCCCUCCGCACAUGACUAAUCGAGAACGAACUUCGCAAUUAGAAUGACUCGACCUUCUCAGGCACUGCGGAAUGGUCCCAGAAAGGAGUCGAAGAUUCCAGUCCUGUCGAAGGCUAAGUCCCUGGAAUCUUCGACAGUAGGGUCAGAAUCAACCUAGUUCUCAUAGCAGGGAGUAGCGACUGCUUAGUCUGGUAAGCUUGUGCUGCAAUUCCUUAAUUGACUUGCUCUUGGACUUUGUUCCAGACUGGUAGGCAGCUUGUGUGCGGGGUGAAAGGACGAGAACCUGCUGGCAUCGAUACCGCCUUUCUUUAGGGACUGACUUCUUCAUUAGCUGUCAUCACUCUAUGGGCUAGCCCGCUUGAGCGAGUUCCUCACGAUUGCUCCUUGUGAUGCAGGGGACUCCCUAUCAAGCCCUCUUGAUCAAUUUGAGAUAAUCCCAUUGAUAAAGGAGAAUCUUUCUCUUUUUGCAUUCGUUUUCUUAGUAAUUUUAACCUUGCUGUUCUACAUAUACAAGAGGGGGUUCAUCAAGCAACAUUUCAAAUACGUGGAAUUGGUAAUUGAGUUCAAUAGUGAUAAGGGUCAUAAUAUAUAUUGUUCCAAGUUUUGCGUGUCCCAUAAAGGAAGAGUUAUGGAAUUUUACCAAAAGGAAAAAGAAGGAAGUCCUCAAGGGGAAUCUUAUAUUGAGAAGGAAGGAUAUAAAAAGGAUAAGGGAAUCCUUAAUGGGUUUGUUGAAAUGGAGAAAAGGCAAGAACGAUAAAGGCGACGGCGCACGUUUACCUACAAGGCGUAUUGGUUAUAACAUUUGAAUUUCUCUUACAUUCCACGUUUCCGAAACGGAUCCUAUCAAAUAUUUUACAUUUUCUAUGAUCAUCUCUAUUUUAGGUAUUCGGGGAAUCCUCCUUAAUAGACGAAAUAUUCCUAUUAUGUCAAUGCCAAUUGAAUCAAUGUUAUUAGCUGUGAAUUCGAACUUUUUGGUAUUUUCCGUUUCUUCGGAUGAUAUGAUGGGUCAAUCAUUUGCUUCAUUGGUUUCAACGGUGGCAGCUGCGGAAUCCGCUAUUGGGUUAGCCAUUUUCGUUAUAACUUUCCGAGUCCGAGGGACUAUUGCUGUAGAAUUUAUUAAUAGCAUUCAAGGGUCAGGGCCUUUCUCGCUGGGCGAAUUGAGUUCCACGAAUAUGCCUAGAAAGAUGCUAUUUGCUGCUAUUCCAUCUAUUUGUGCAUUAAGUUCGAAGAAGAUCUCAAUCUAUAAUGAAGAAAUGAUAGUAGCUCGUUGUUUUAUAGGCUUCAUCAUAUUCAGUCGGAAGAGUUUAGGUAAUACUUUCAAAGUUACUCUCGACGGGAGAAUCCAGGCUAUUCAGGAAGAAUCGCAGCAAUUCCCCAAUCCUAACGAAGUAGUUCCUCCGGAAUCUAAUGAACAACAACGAUUACUUAGGAUCAGUUUGCGAAUUUGUGGCACCGUAGUAGAAUCAUUACCAAUGGCACGCUGUGCGCCUAAGUGCGAAAAGACAGUGCAAGCUUUGUUAUGCCGAAACCUAAAUGUUAAGUCAGCAACACUUCCAAAUGCCACUUCUUCCCGUCGCAUCCGUCUUCAGGACGAUCUAGGCACAAAGUUUCACUUAUUAGUUAGGAGGAGAUUUUGCCCCCAGUGUAUCUCGAAAGCAGAAAAAAUAGAACUCAUUCGAGAGAGCUUGGUGGUCUUAAGAAUGGUUCGGGUGGGGGGUUCUAUUAAGAAUAAAUAAGACGAAUAGAAUCUAAUUCAUGUUCAUGCUAACAGAAGAGCGGAUCCAAUACACAGACAACUUCUUUCUCAAAAAGUACUUGCUGCACUUCUUUCUCAUGAAGCUGCUUUGCAAGAAAGGAGUUAGUUCCCUCCGGGGGUGGGGUUCUGAGAGCCCAUGCUUCCUACGCUCCAGCCCUUAGCCCUUAACUCCUUAGCACAAGCACUAAGUAAGCCCGUGAAGGCCUUCAAUAUCGCACCUACUAGGACUGAAAUUUCGUUUUCGAAGAGGACUACUUCUUUCUUUUCUGUACGCUAGGGUCGUUCGGGCGGAAAACCGAGUUGCGUACUGGGUUAAGCUUAGUCCUUUGGACCUUUCAAUCAAUCUCGCAACUUUUUUAGAUUAGCUAGGGCCGCCCGCACGCUUUAAGGGUUGUUGAAGGUAUUGCACUAAGAAAGACUCCUGCCGUUGCUAUGCUAAAGGUAAUAUUUUCUUUGAAAGCCGCUCCAGCAAUUUAUUUAAAAAAAGAAGAGCAAGACAAGAAAGAUAAGGCUCGAAAGCUGCGAAUAAAGUCGAGCUGCUCUAAUCGAGCUGUGAAAUCGGUGUGGUGAGGUAUUGGAAGUGUUCAGCGAAUUUAGAUAAAGACACUAAAAAAGAGCACCGUGCUAUACUGGCGGAGCUUCAGCAAAACUAGGUAGGUAGCUUUCGCUAAUGAGAGAUGGAUUUGGGGAUUCGAUUAGGUCUCCUAAUUCAUGGAAUUCGUUUUCUCUUUAUUAGUUUAUUUUUAAAGCAGCAUUCUCCCUUGACUCGAUCUUUCAUUGAAUUAUCGAUAGAACGUUGAUCAAUAUUCAGGAAGAGAUCGAGGAUCACAGCAGGAUCCUAUCUGAUCUUUGUCAACACAGGACUCGAAGCCCCCUGCUCAAACUAAAGGGUAAUCCUUCGGAAUUGAAAAUUCCUAUCUUUCGGAUUUCUUAUAUUAAUUAUAGUGGAGGGGAGAAGACUCAUUUUGAAUUCUAUUAUCUAUAUAGGGGGGGAGCCAUUGUGAAGCCUAGAGAGGCGGAAGCGGCAAAUCGCUUCUACCGAGUUCCACAACAGCAGCUUAGCUUAGUAGCUUAACUCUUUCUACUGGCG